CUUCUCAUACCGAUACUCUUCCGCAACCCUCGAAUUGCGUCGAAGCCCUCUACGUCUUUUUUGUAUCUUUGUAUCCAACAUAUCGCUUGCACUAUCUACGGGAUUAUGUUCGAUGUCACCCCGCCACAUAAGGUUCCCAUCACUGUCUACGGGGGCCCUUCGACAGGGAAGAAAACCCUGAUAUCUUUGCUGAACCACCGCGUCUACCGUUGUCCAUGGUCCGGAAGACGAUUGUCGUUUGCCGCUGAACUUUCGACAAGACAGGUUGACGCUACAGUGGCAUUCAUACUAGUGGAUGCUCGACAACCAUCAUCGGAUAUUGAAGAAGACACUGUUGCAGCAGCGCGGAGAGUCGCUCAGUCGAUUUGCAUCUUGCACACGAAGACGGAUUUGGUUCCGGGUGACCACUCAAACCGUCAUCUGGGAUAUCUCGGUAGCCAUCCCUACUUGUCUUACAAGUGGGAUGUCGACUGUCUCUCUGCCAGCCUGGCUACUGGAGAAGGUGUGGAUGACAUUUUAGCAUAUAUCGGGCGCAUCGCUUCAGAGUCAGCUUCCGUUCAUCAGCGAGAUAUUAGAGUCUCCCUGCAGAAACUCUGGUCCUUUGUAUUGGAUUGUAUCGCGUCCUGCUUCGCUCUACCACCACCAACUCAGCUACCGGAUGUCUCUGCAGAGUUAGCGGCCGUGACCACAGACUCGGAUGUCAUGUCGCUCAUGCACAACGUGCUCGACAACACCUGGGGUGAGGAGCUGAAGAGUCGUCUUCGGGCAGAAGAUCCCUCCGCACACGUCACGGUAAACCGUAUAACCCCAUCCCUUAUCGUCAAACACCCCUCACCGUCCGAGCGCGAAAGCAUGAAGUUCGUGCGGCAGAACACAACCAUUCCAAUUCCGCGCGAUCUUUGUCCAGAUCUUUCAAUGCUCGUUAUGGAUUUCAUAGACGGCGAGAUGCUGUACGAGUGCUGGGACAGGUUGGGUCGCUUCAUGCAAUUUCGUGUUGCAUGUACGCUGCGUCUCUACGUGAAACAGCUACGGUCGUUGACCUACUCGACGCCUGGCGCGUUGGGAGACCGGCUUGUCAGCGGCAUUCUCUUUGAGGAGUACGAAUACGGACCCUUCCGCAAUGCACGACGCUUCCGCAGAUUCUGCGAAUAUGUGGCCUUCGAGGGCUGGAAGGCUAUAGCACGCAUGGCUAUUGGAUCCGGGACAGUUCCGCCGGAGCCACCUCGCCCAAGCUUUCCCUGGACUCCAGUCUUCACACACGGUGACCUCAACAUGAGCAAUUUAGUACUCGAUCGAAGAGGCACCUUGUGGGUCAUGGAUUGGGCUAACGCAGGUUUCUACCCACCCAUCUUGGAAUCGAUCAUUAUGCGCCAGAUGCAUGAGAUAUGGCACACCGACGACAUCCCACCAUUGUGGCGACGGUAUAGAGGCUUCAUCGCUGGGAAAACGUCCAAGGAGGACGAGGAGUUUUGGGACAAUUUUACCGGGACUAUACAUCGCUUUCCUAGUCAAAGUUCGCAGCGGUACACGUAGCUGGUGUGUGACCUAUUACAAAAUAUUCCCAGAUCU